AUUAAGAAAGUAAAAUAAGCGUAACUCUGUAAUAAUAAUUACAAUUAUCAAUAUCAGAUCCAUAUUAUUAGACAGCCAGGUUACACAAGGUAACCAGAUUCUUAUUCAACAAUAAUAAAAUUUAUAAUUUAAAAUUUAAAAAGCAAUAUACAAAAUAAAUAAAUCAAAAAAUAAGAAACUAAUCAAAAUAUGACAAAAGAAACUGAUAUAACAACUUUACAAGAUAAAGAUAGUGCAAAAAUAUUCUAUUCCAGAUACGAUCCGAAAGAGAAACUUGGGAGCGGUGGUAGUGCUUCAGUUCAUAGAUGUAUUGAAAAAGAAACUGGUGAAGAAUAUGCUGUUAAAAUUAUUGAUUUAAAUGAUGAAGAUAAUGAUGCUGAAGAUGUUUGUAAAGAAAUAUCAAAUUUAAGAAAAGUUAUGGGUCAUCCAUUUAUUAUUGAAUUACGUGAUGCAUUCCAUUCAGAUCAAUAUUAUUUUUUAAUGUUUGAUAUAUGCCGUAAUGGUGAUUUAGAUGAUUAUUUAAGUAUUAAAGUUACUUUAUCAGAAAAGGAUACUAAAUUUUAUAUGAGACAAAUUUUUUCUGCUUUAGCAUUCAUGCAUUCAAAAAACAUAUUUCAUCGGGAUUUAAAAUUAGAAAAUAUUUUGCUAGAUAAAAAUUUCAAUGUUAAAAUUACUGAUUUUGGAUUUUCAGAGGAGUUGAAACGUGGUCAAAAAUUGUAUGAUUUUCGUGGAUCAUUUAAUUAUUUGGCACCAGAAACAAUAAAAAAUCAAGGUGCAGAUCCACCAGGAUGUUCUAUUGAAGCUGAUAUUUGGGCUUGUGGUGUAAUUAUGUAUACAAUGGUUACUGGUUUUCAUCCAUUUUGGAGUCGUAAUCAAAGAACAUUACAAAAAAAUAUUCUAAGAGGUUUAAUAUCAUUUGAUUGUCCUGGAUUUCCAAAAAUAUCAGAUGAACUCAAAGAUCUUAUACGUAGAUGUUUAACAAUAGAUCCAACAAAAAGGAUAACUGCAAUACAAGCUUUAAGUCAUCCAUUCUUUAAGAAAUCUCAUCAAAAAUAUACUUUGAAUCCGAGAAAAAGAUUUAAAAUAGCAAUAACAUGUGUUAUAGCAUUAUUAAAAAUUAAAAAAUUACAUUUCAAUACAUUACCAAUACGUUUAAGUGAAGUAAUUGAAGAUCCAUAUAGAUUUAGAUUCUUUAGAAAGAAAAUUGAUGCAUGUGCAUUUCAUAUUUAUGGUCAUUGGAUUAAAAAAGAACAAGGCCAAAAUCGUACAGCAUUAUUUCAAACAAUACCACCGAAAGGAUAUUAUGAACAAUUGCUAUUUAAACAACAAUAUUGUAUAUAAAUUGGAAAUUGUGAUAAUUUUAAUUGAUUUUUUGGAUUUAUUUUUCAAGUUUUCUAAUUGAUCAUUUUUUAACAGUUUCCAUAUUAUU